UUGUGUUGGUGUUGUACGUUUUCGUGAAAGUAAAAUGUCCAAGAAUAUCUUGUCUUCGCAUGGAAGCACGACGGGAUCCGACGAUAGCUUUAUAACACCUGUUUCCUCGGUGGACGACCUAAUGGCAUUAUCACCGAAGAAGCCCCAAAACUUAUUUGAAAACUCGGAUGUGACUAGUGACUUCCUUACAGGAAUGGAGUUCGAUAGUAUUUGUGAUGUAACUAUGCAAGAAAUUCCUGUCUAUGACGAUAAUAUGCUUAUUGAUGGAACUAGUUUGGAUUAUUUGGCGAAAUGUGCUGGUUCCAAUCGUAACCAACAGUUCGUGGAUAGAGGCAAGGAAAGUCUGUUUGUGAAAUUCGAUCCUUUAUAUGCAAACCAGAAGCUUUAUCAAAAUCCAAAUCAAAACGAUGUGCAAGCAGAUUCCCUAGAGUGUGACGUUGGCUAUGAGACCGGUAGUUCGACUUCAGCUUUUACUGACACAACGUCUGAUACACCAAAGAUGUCUGUGUCAAAUGGAUCUGUACUCUAUAAAAUAUGUGGAAAGGAUAAACCAACACAGGUAGUACCUCCUGUUGUUACUAAUGAGAUGCAAAAGCAGACUGCUAUCCCGAAGCCUACUCCUACGCUUAUGCGAAGUGUUUCAGCAAUAUUAACACCCACUCAAGUAACCACAGAUAGGUUAAUUAGUAUAUCCGGUAGUACCCCACCUACUGCAGCUCCCAGAAGCCCUAGAAAUAAAUCAUUCAGUUCUCAAGAAGUUGAUAGACUUCAAUCGCUCAGAAUCAUACUGCAAAAUCAAGAUCAAGAAGUACUACAAUUGAGACAGGAAAACCGAGCACUGAAAUCUUCUUUACAAGAAAAUCAACACCAGUUUGAUCAAUCAAAAGAGGAGUAUGAAACAAAACUUAAGAAACUAACUGAUGAAAAAGAUGAUGCACUCAAACAUCUUACAAGUAUGGAAAGCUCUUUUAAUGAUUUGUUGGCGAAGUAUGAGAAAUGUAAAAGUUUUGUAAUUGAAGCUAAAGAACGAGAGAAAAUAUUGGAGAAUAAAAUUGCUGAAUAUGAGGUUGGAAUGCAGAAAUAUGAUGAUUUGUAUAACAAUCUCAAAAAAGUCACAGCAGAAAAAUUAGACAAAGCAAAUGAGACAUUGGACAACUUGAAGAAGAGCCACAAUGUGGAAAUUAUGAAACUGAAUGCUACAAUUAAGAAACACGAGGUUUUAAUAUCUUCCUUACAAGCACAUGAAGCUUCAAUAUCAUCUCUAUUAGCUCAGAAAACUAGAGAUAAUGAGGAGCUGACAAGAAUAUGUGAUCAGUUAAUAAAUGAAGUGCGCUAAAAUUGUUUUAAAAUGUUUUACUACAAUAAAUAAUAGGAUAUAGUAUUUUAUGACCAUGAAAAUGAAUAACAAUGAUGGUUGACCUUUUUUUGAAUCCUUGACAAAUGCUAAUUAUUUUAUUGUCAUUUUUAGGGCCAUGUGUCUGAGACAUCUUACUCGAAAAUUCUUAACAAUGAGUAACAUAUUUAUAUUAAUAAUACCUUAAUUUGUACAAAUUCUUGAACUUUGUUAAUGCUUUUUUUGUGUUUCUUUAAUAAAUUGAACUAUGUUUCUGUUAUCUUUUCCUUUAACUUGUAGUUAUUCCGAUAACUUUUAGCCUUAAAUUAAUAAUAUUAGCCUCU